AUGAGUGAUUUUGAAGAUUCAGAUGACUAUCUUAUGUCUAGUUCUUCAUCUGAAGACGAAGACGAAUUAGAAUUAAUUAAUAUCCCUCAAAAAAGAAACGAAAAUUUUUUAGAAGAAAUUGUACCACAAUAUGACAAUGAAACAUAUUUUGGACAUUUCCGGAUCAGCCGUCAUGUUUCAACAAUGAUUGCUCAUUUGUACAAGAAUAGUAAUUAUUUUAAAAAUAACAAGUAUGGACAAUUUGGUCAAAUACCUGCAGAUGACCAGAUUAUUAUCUUUAUGUGGUUUGUUGGGCACCAAACUGCUAGCUUUAGAGAUGUUGCAGAUCGCUUUAAUAUUACUCUGAGCUCUCUGCAUAGAAUUAUUGAACGAGUAACAUACUUUUUAAGCAACUAUUCACCCCAGAUUAUCAAAUGGCCUAAUAAUGAGCAAAAAAGAGAAUCAGAAAAGGCAUUCAGAGAGAAUGGAUUUCCAAUGGCCAUAGGGGCUAUCGAUGGUUGCCAUAUUAAAAUAGAUAAACCCAAUAAAGAUCCAGAUUCAUACAUCAAUAGAAAAGGAUAUUAUUCAAUACAAAUUUCUUUGCCGGUUAUCCUGGGUCCGUUGCACGAUAGUAGGGUAUUUAGAAAUUCACCACUGUGUAAUUCUUUGCAAGCAAAAUGUGGUUCUUAUUUUUUGCUCGGUGACAGCGGAUACCCAUUACAAAAUAAUUUAAUGACUCCAUUCAAGGAUAGAGGACAGUUAACAAGAAGAAACAUUGUAAAAAAUGUUCAUUUUAUGCGAGCAUGUUGUGUUCUAUACAACAUUGCUCUUGAUGAUAAUUUUCUUGAAUUACUUGAUGAAACACCGCCUCCAAAACUAACCCAAGGUGUUAUGGAGGUUAUGGAAGAAGAGGAUAUUGUGGAUGACUACAAUGCCAAAAUUAUUAGGGAUACAAUAGUAGCUGAACAUUUUAUUUAA